AUGAAUCGCUUAGCAAAUGAAGGUUUUAAUGAUUGGAAAUAUAUUUAUGAAAGACUUAAAGAACAUGUAUCAAGCGGUGCACACAUGUCUUUCAUGUGUAAAUGGAUUGACUUACAAAUUAGAUUUAAGAAAAAUAUAACAAAUGAUAAAUAUCUUCAAGAGCUUAUAAGAAAUGAAAAAAGGCAUUGGAAGGAUGUCUUACUUAGGAUAGUUUAUGUUACUAGAUAUCUAGCUGAGCAAAAUUUAGCAUUUCGUGCAAAAAAUGAGAGGAUUAAUAUGGAAAGCAAUGGAAACUUUCUUUCUCUUGUUAAAAUGAUUGUUGAGUGGGAUUCUGUCAUGCAAAAAUAUUUUGAACGUAUCAAGAAUAAUGAAAUUCAUUAUCAUUAUCUUAGUCAUAAGAUUCAAAAUGAAUUGAUUAACAUGUUAGUUAUUAAUAAUGUGAGAGGACAAGGAUAUGAUAAUGGAUCAAACAUGAAAGGUAAACAUCAAGGUGUACACAGAAAAUUAUUAGAUGUUAACCCUAGAGCAUUAUAUACACCAUGUGGUAGUCAUAGCCUUAACUUGACACUUUGUGAUAUUGCAAAUUCUUGUACAAAAGCUAAAGAUUUUUUGGUGUGUUACAACAUAUUUAUACUGUAUUUUCUCAUUCGACAAAACCGUUGGAAAAUUCUUAGAGACAAUGUGAAAGGUUUAACUAUUAAACCAUUGUCACAAACACGUUGGGAAAGUCAUGUGAAUAGUAUAUAUGCAAUUAAACCUCAAACUUCAUCUGUAAGAGAAGCACUACUUCAACUAGCUGAACAAGAUAAUGAUCCCAAAGUUAAGAGUGAAGCUGAAUCUUUAGCAACUCAUGGAAUUGAAAACUUUGAAUUCUUAGUAGUUAUGAUUAUUUUGUUUGAAUUGUUAACUGUUGUUAAUGAAAUUAGUAAAAUGUUGAAAAGAUUGAAUGAAAUGGAAAUUGAAUGUGUGUUUAUUAAAAAAUGUCAAAUUCGUAGAAAACAACACUAUGAUGAAAAUUCAUCUCAACCCACACAAUUGAAUCUUGAGUCUGCUGAAGAGUCUUUUCGAAACUACUAUUUCUUAUAUAUUGUAGAUCAAAUAAUUGGCUCACUUGAUAGAAGAUUUGAGAAGUAUGACACACAUGAAAAUAUUUUUGGAUUCUUGUUUAGUAUUGAAAGGCUUAGAUCAUUAUCUGAUAGAGACUUGAAAGCAUGUUGUAAACAUCUUGAAACUUGUUUAAAACAUGUCGAUUCUCUUGAUCUUGAUGGUGAAAUUUUGUUUGAAGAAUUAAAAGUUAUUAGAGAAGUUUUAACAGUUGAAUCAAAAUCAAGCUAUAUGAUGUUGAGUUCUUUAAAGACUUUUAAUUGUUUUUCUAAUGCAUGCAUAACUUAUAGAAUAAUAUUAACUAUUCCUAUCAGUGUUGCAUCUACUGGGAAAAAAAUUCUAAAUUAA